AUGUCGUCCGCUGCAUUCCGAUACUCGCGGCUGCACGAGGACCCGGCACAUCCAGAGAAUGCUCGGAGGUAUCAGUGGGCCAUGGCGGACAGCAAGAACCUGAAUUUUGGCCACGGGAUAUAUGCGUACCCUGGGAGGCUCCUGGCCGGUAACGAAAUCAAUAUGAUACUCGGCCACCUCUGUUGCUCCGAUAUGAGCUCAACCAAAAUCUUAUUUGGUCAGUACAAAAGCUUGCAGAACGAAGGACUCGACGGCCUAGGCUGGAGAGUUAGCGGAGGAGUUGGCGACCCCUUGGUGAAGUGGGCGGGGCUGAACACCCCGGUAUGUUGGAUUUUGUUUGCGUGCUCUUCGUCCAAAAGCCAUCAUAUCAGCAGCGAAUCCCCCAUCGACGCGGAUUUCGCCUUCUGGACAGCUACAUGCCUAUCGCUCAGCCAGCUUCGAAUAUCCAAUCUGCGGCUUUGCACAACCCCGAAAGCUGUUAGCACCCGCAUCAUGGCGCUCCUCACAUGGCCACCGCAGUACAGCUUAUUGCAGUAUUUGCGAUUGAAGGUCACCGUUACCAUUUUGCGAGUUUUUGUCAACAUGAUCGGUCGCGAGAAGAUCCAACGCGAUCGAGCCCUUGUCCCCAACGAUGUUCGGCAGAUCAAAAUAAGCAUACCAUCACGGGAUCCUAAACGCCGUAUUGCGGCAAACGUCUAUUACCCUCCAGGCUACUCCACGACUCACCCCACGCCCGUGCUUGUUAACUGGCAUGGCAGUGGCUUUGUCCUGCCCCUCUUGGGCUCCGACGUGGCGUUUUGCUCCCGCAUAGCCCAGGCCGCCGGAAUAGUCGUCGUCGACGCCGACUACCGCAAGGGACCUGAACACCCUUUCCCUGGGCCGUUGAACGACGUCGAGGACACCCUUCAGUGGGUCGUGACUCAAGAAGGUCUGGACACCAAGAACGUUGGGCUCUCCGGCUUUAGCGCAGGGGCCUGUCUUGCUUUGGAGGCUGCCUCGACAGUUCGAGUCGAUCAAAAUCAGGAACAACUUCAUAUCCGGGCAGUAGUGGCCUUCUAUCCUAUCACUGACUUGGCAAUGGCUCCUGAAAAUAAGAAGGUCCCUCGUCCGAUUAAACCCCAUCCGAUAUGGGCACUACACAUCUCAACGAUUGUUACGCCCCUGAUCCAGAGGGAUUCGCUACGGCCUGAGGCUACCCAGUUGGCAGACAGACUACAAGAGCAGAAAAACUCCUCGCAGGAUGUGGUUCUGCAUGUGUUAGAGGGAGUCCCCCAUGGAUUCGAUAAGGGCGCGCAGGAGGGCACGUUGGAGUGGGCUCGGCGCGAGGAGGCCUAUGAUCACUUUGUGGUCUACUACGCAUUUGUUGGCUGGUCUUGGUCUCGACUCCUGGCGCUGAUCCAGGCCAUGGGCCACAGCGUGCUGGACGUUGCCAUUGUAUUUUGGAUGUUGUUCGGAAAACAAAACGAGCCCCCGUCGACUGUAAAUAUCACCAAUAGUGUUCUGCUAGUAAAGGUAUGGGCCUAG